CCAAGUUGUCAGUGUCGAUCUCCACCAACAUUUGAGUAAUCAAAAAUUCGUGCGAGAUAACGGAAUCCGAAGUCCGCUUGGGGCAAGUGUUGCAUGAGUUUUGGAAUGGUUUUUGUUUGUGGCUGAAGCCCACAUCUGCCCUGGACCCCGUCGUCCCUAUCCAUCACAGCCGCAGAUUGUCUGAAAAUUACAGACCUCAUAAUCUCGAGGACCUGGAGAUCACAAUCGCAACAAUGACAGAAUCUUCAAUGGACCCAGAAUUGAAGGCCUUCGGGCCUACACCACUCGGCGUGACGCCCAACUUCGAACAUCCAGCGAGUAAAAAGCCGAUGGUGAUUGGCUUGCUCGUGGCCAUCAUGCCGUUUACACUACUCACAUUUGGUCUUCGUGUCUACGGAAAGGCAUUUGUUCGCAAGUCCUUCAAUGCUUCCGAUUGGUCCUGCGUCGCCGGCGCGAUCAGUCUCGCUGGUUGGACCUACGUUUUACUGCAUAUGUGCGCUGUACCAGGCAUGGGGAAUCAUCAAUACGAGCUUCGUUUAAAAGAUGUCCCAGAUAUUUAUUUCGCCAGCCUUAUCGCGGGCGGAAUCUUAUUUGCCGUUUGCCAAUACUUCGUAAAAAUAUCACUGCUAUUGCUGAUUACAGAGCUAUUCUGGCCACGCAAAUGGAUUCGAUACAUCUUGUUUGCUGCUACUGGUGCCACUACUUUGAUGUAUUUGAUAUAUGUCAUCUUAUCCAUGUUCUACUGCAUCCCUAGAUCAGGAGAGACAGUUAUUGAGGCUAGUACCGGAAGAUGUCUGACUAUCUUACCCUUAUCCUCUGUUCUCGGCGCGUUCAAUGUUGUCAGUGACAUCUUCAUUCUCGGUAUCUCGAUCCCAAUAUUGAUGGGCUUGAACACUUCUCUUCAAAGAAGGCUGCGAGCAAGCGCAUUGUUCUGUCUUGGUCUCAUUGCCACUGCGCUAAGCAUUGCGAGCGCGUACUUUAGAAUCAAGAAUGAUACUACGGAUGGGACGUGGGACUAUCCCACAAUUGUGAUCACCGGAUACUACGAAACCUCGCUCGGAUUAAUCUGUGCCUGCGUCCCCACACUUCCAAUUCUCGGGCAGAGUGCUACCGGUCAACGCAUCUUGAAUUCUCGACUAUUCAGUCUCCUUACGUCGAAGGACACCACUCAGUCACGUUCGAAGGGAAGUUUACCAGGCGGUGGGUUUAUGCGACAUCAGAAUAAUUCGUCCACGACAGGAUUGGCCAGCCAGGGGAUCAGAGUGGACACCGAAUUUGGAAUUGCCAACACAUACGAACUGCAGGAAGAACAGCGGAAAUACGGUGUAAGAUAA